AUGCAGACUGUCGCAGCUCGCUCAGCUUCCUCGCGAAGAUUUUCGUCCGGUGAUAGGGUGCCAUUGGACACUCCCACUGAACUUGACACGUCGCUAACUGUAUGCAGUGGAGCAUUGUAUGGAGAACUAGCGAUCAGGACAAAAGAGUUCUGCUCAAAGAAUAUCUUCCGAGAUGUAGAGAGUUGCUCAAAGCCACGGGUACGUCAUGCGAUGGCUAUAGCAUUGCAGCAGAUGUGUCAGACUGAUGCAUCCACAGUGUGGUCCGAGGCGGAGAGCGCAUGCCGAUCCGCCCUCACAGCUGCAUUCACCGCCGAAACUCCUGUUGCAUGUGCUGCUCUACGCGCUGCUGCGCACGUUCUGAUCAGUCAAAGCCCAAGCAUCGAUCGAGAUCUUCUGGCAGCUUUGGGUCGAUCGCUCAGCCAUCAGUCAGUUGAAGUACGACGGGUGUCUGCAGUGGUACUUGGCCAUGUGCUCCAUUCCUCUCCAGAGCAACUUGACAGCGAACUUCUCAAAUUGAUUGUUCCACAUUUGGCGAACGGGGCCAAGGAGAGUAACACAGCUGUUCGGUCGGCAUCUGAGCUCGCAUUGGUGUACGCAUUUCAUUUCAUUGAAAGUCAGGAUGGCUUUAACAAGUACCUGCAAUCGGUUGAGGGAGCAGCAAAGAUGGUCCUGAAUGAGCUGCAGCCAGCACUACGUCGAGUGGUCAAGAACGCCGAUAUGGCACUUGAACCCAUCAAUACAAUUUUGUCUGUUAAUUAA